AUGCAGACAUUGUCAACAUCGGUUGUUUCUCUUCAUAGUUAUGUUGGAUCUCAUCAUAGUGAGAAGCAAUCAACGAAAAAAUCUGAUACAAAACCUUCUAUUAUUUAUUUUUUUGCAUUACUUUAUACAUUUUUAUCAAUGGGAUUAGGUACUGGCCUUAUUGGACCAACAUUACUGAAAUUUGGUGAACAAACAAAAUCACCAUUAGAUCGUGUUGUUUAUAUAUUAUUUGCACGUUCAUUUGGUUUUUUAUCUGGUACUUUAAUUGGUGGAAUUCUUAUUGAUCGUUUUCGAUUAUUUAGUCAAACAUUUUUAACAUUUACAAUAUUGAUUAUGUGUAUAGCAACACUAAUUAUUCCAUUUAUAUAUAAUAUUAUACCAAUGAUUAUUGUUCAUUUAAUGUGGAGUUUUACAGCUGGUAUAGUUGAUAAUUUAGCACAAAUUUUAACUAUACGUCAUUAUGAACAAACGAAUGUUAAUCCAUAUUUACAAGCACUUCAUGGUGCCUUUGGUGUUGGUGCGUUUUUUGCACCAUUAAUUAUUGCACCGUUUCUUCAAAAAUCAAGUCCGACUGAUCAAUGGCAUUAUGCUUAUUGGUUAAUUGGAUUUUUGCAUAUACCUAAUGUAAUAUGGCUUUUAAUGUAUGCUAUACGUGAUGAAUUUUGUUUAAGAAAAAAUCAAGAAAUUAUUAGUGAAAAUAAAGAAUUCAUUUCAGAAAAUAUACAAAAUGAAACAAUUGAUAUUAAAUCUGAUGAUCGAACUCAAUCAUCUGAAAAUUAUGUUGUUCUUGGUUUAGUUGCUUUAUUUAUUCUUUUAUAUAUUGGUGGUGAAUCAGCAUUUGGUGCCUAUAUACAUACGUAUGCAAUUUUACAAUUACAUUUUGAAAAAGAUAUAGCUGCGUAUCUUAAUUCAGCUUUUUGGGCAUCAUUUGCAUUCAGUCGUCUUUGUGGUAUCCCACUAUCAUUAAAAUUUUCUCCAUUACAAAUGCUUAUUUCAAAUUUAACUGGUGGUAUUGGUUCAAUAGCAUUAUUACUGAUUUUUAAUAAAUCGUCAUUGGUAUUAUGGAUUGGUUCAAUUCUUUUUGGAUUAUCUGUUGGACCCCUUUAUGCAUCAGCAAUUGCUUUUACAGAAAAAAAAAUAUCUUUAACUGGACGAAGAAUGUCAGUUUUAGCUAUUGGUGGUUCAGCUGGUGAUGCAGUUGUUCCAUUACUUAUUGGUUACAUGAUUAAUCCAAAAUUAUUAGGACCUAUAGGUUUUAUUUUUAUUUCUCUUAUUGUUGCUAUUUUAGCUUCAUUAAUUUUUGGAUGCGCUCUUAUAUAUGUUAAAUGUCAAUCAAAGAAAAGCAAAAAUACCAAUGGAUAA